AUGACAUAUAUCCAUCAUUUUAAAUAAACUCAUUUGGAUGAAUGUGAAGAUUCUAAAUGUUUAUGUAAAAGAUAAAUAAUUUCAUUUGAAGAUGCAAUAGGAUUAUUUCUUAAAGAUUAAGUUAAGAAUUUUGAUGCAAUAAUUUCAAGAACAAAAGAUGAAUCUGCUCGUUAAUCAUAUUUCUUACAUUAUUUAUCUCUUAUUAAUUAUUUAGGAUUGAAUACAAAAGCUUUUUAAUAAUCAAAUUUCUUAGCUUAACUUGAUAGUGAAUAGAUUUAAUUUAGUUCAUCUGCUACUCAUGGUGUAAACUAUAAAUUUAAUCAUCAAAAAAGUGAUAGAAAAGAAUUAAAUAAUAGUUCUGAUGGUAAAAGUCAUUCUCUUUAGAAAUCUAAAAUAGGAGGUGAUAAAAAUGAAUAAAGUACUAUACAUAUAAGAUUAAAUAAUAUGGCAUUUAUUACAAAAUAAAAACUCAAUUUAAUUUAAGAAUAAAUUAAAUAAUCUAUGAGUAUGGGAUUUUCUAAGUAAUCUGCUUAAUUUUCUGAAAAUUUAGAACAUGCUGUUAAAUUAUUUCUCCAAUCUGAAGAGAAUAAUAAAAAAUUAAGAAAGAAAGUAGUUAAAAUGUUAAAUAGAAAAAGGGAAUUCUUCAAUAAUUUAAAUUAAUUGAGUAAUGAUGUUAUUGUUUUUUAAGCAGGUAAAAAAUUACUUAUUGAAAUGAAUGAACUUGAAGAAUAAUUAUAUAAAUUAUAUGAUUAAUUUCCAAGUUAAAAAAUGUAAGCAUUAAAUACAUUUUAUUAAUCUGAAAUUAUGAAUAAUUAUUUUUCUGCUUAUAAAAUAGCAACCAUAGCAUCAAUAUCAGAUGAAAAAUUAUUAAAAAUGUAAUCUUAAACAAAUUUUGAUUUAUUUUCUAAUAAAAUUGAUUAUCUAAUCAUAGGAUUUGAUUAAUAAUCACAUAAAUUAUCAAUUAGAAGUGGUUCAAAUAUGAUUCAUUAAUUUUUUGGUUUAUCAUAAGAUUAAUUUAAAAUGAUAUACUAAAUCAAUUCAAUACUACCUUAAGGAUUUGAAAUAAUACAUGAAAAAUUAGUUGCUAAUUUUCUAUAACAUGGAGUAUCAAAAUAUUUCAGAUAAAUAAAUUUGAAUUUUUGUCAAUAUCAAUAAAGAUUUAUAAAAACAAUAGAUUUUUUCUAUGACAUUAAUUUUAUGAAUUUAGAUGAUUUAACAUUUGCUUGUUUUCUUUAAAAUGUUGAAACUCAAAGUGCUUAUUUAUUUUCAUUAUCUAAUCAUAAAAUAUCUGGAAUUUCAAAAAACUUUAUCAAUAAAUUGGGUUAUAACAAUAAAUUCAAUAAAGAAUUAGCUUAAUCUUUUUAAAAAGUUCCAUUAAGUAAGGUUUUUCCUAAAAUAUCCUUAAUACUUGAAGCUAAUAUUACUAGAGCAUCUGAUAUUAAUUAAGAUAUAAUUGAUACAACUUAAAUUAGUGAAUAUUCUUUGAAAAUGUAUAUUCCAUCAACUUUGAUUUUGGGAAACAACUCAAAAAUAAAUUGGGAUAACUAAGAUCAUUUAACUAGUUAUUAAGUGGAUUGCAUUUUACAUAUCAGAAAUUUUAAAAGUGAAUUGAAUUAUAUAAUAAUUGAGAUCAAAGAAAUAAAAAAAUAAUCAAAAUCAGAAAAUACAAUUCCUGAACCAUAAAUGACAUUAGGAUAUAAUUCAAAUUAAGAUUUUGAAAGUUUAAAUGCUUUUGAUUUUGAAUAGGAUGAUACAGAAUUUGCAGUAAAUAUGCCUAAAGCAAUAGAACUUUAUGGAUUGGAAGAUUAAUCUGGAAAUCUUGAUAAUUUAGAUAAUUUAGAUUAAUUUGAAUAUAAUGUAAAUAAAUUAAGAGUUAAUGAAAAAAACAUGAAUUAAUCUUAUUAAUAACCUUAUUAAAAUUAAUCUAUGAUGAGUCCUAAAGAUAGUGGAUUAAGAUUGAUAGAAAACAAAAACCCAGAUUUUAAUGUAACAUCAAUAUAAAAUAAACAGUAUAUUAAUAAAUAAUAAUUCUUUAAAUCAGAUGAAUAAAUUGAAUAAGAAGAAUAGUUUUCAUCAUUUCAAUAAAGUAGUGAAAUUAAAAAAUAACAAAUUAUGGAUAAUUAAAUUGAUAAACUUUAAUAUGAUGAUAUAGAUUAGGAAUUAUAAGAAAAUAUUAGAAUGCAAAUGUAAAUGGACUCUAAAGAAUAACGUAUAGUUCACAUUGAUGAUAUUGGAUCAUAAGUAAGUUCAAUUGCAGGAUUUAAGAAAUCAAAAUAUUCAAAAAAAUAUGAUUUAAUUGAAAAAUUGAUUAAUUCAACUAAAUUUUCCAAAAAAUUUAAAGCAAUGUUAGUAUUUUUAACAAUCAUGUUAAGUCUAUUUUUAGUUUAUAGUGGGAUUAUGCUCUAUUAUUCUAAUGAUGAUUUGAAUAGAUUUUUAGAGGAGUUAGAUUUAAUUUAAAUAAAAUCUAAUAUUAUUGGACCAGUCAAUAAAUAUAUAGUUUCUUAGAAUGCAUUAACAACAUAUAUUAUACUAAUGUUAAUAUAUCCUAAUAUAACUAUGGCAAGUUAAAUAGAAAAAAUGUAGUAUUCAAUUAGAGAUAUAAAUUAUACAUACUUUGAACUCAAAGAUAGUUUUACAAAAUAAUUAUCAAAUCCUUAUUUGAAUCCUUUUUUUGAGAAUAAAUAUUUCAAUAUUACGGUUGGAAAAUAUCCAGAUACAAUGAAUUAUACAAUAUCAGCAAGAGAAUCCAUGUAUUUAUAUUUAGAGGCCUGCUAUAAUUUCAUAAAUAUUGAUUAUCUUAAUCUAAUUAAUUUAGAUUUAACUUAAGGGUUUUUAGUAUUUUUAUAUGCAAAUUAUUAAACAUUUGUAGAAUAAUUAUAAUUAUUAAAUGAAGAGAUGGUAAGUUAUUCAAUAACUAGAUCAAGUACUGUAUCUGAAAAAUGGAAUUAUCUUUUGAUCCCAAUAGUAUUAGUUUGUUUGUUAUUAUUACUUAUAGUCUUUUCAUUUUAUAAAGCAUAUCUAAAUUAAUAUAAUAGUUUUCUUUAACUCUUUAACUUUAUUGAUAUAGUAUGGUUGUAAAGAGAUAUAGAUAGAUAUAGAGGAAUAGCCUCUUUAUUAAUAAAAGAUUCUGAUGUUUUAUUUAAAUAUUAAUUUGAUAUUGAUAUAAAGGAAAAGUUUUUAGCAGCAGAAGAUAUAAGAAAAGAGAAAAUAGCUUAGAAUUAAAAAAAUAAUAGAUAAAAACAAAAAGGUUAAAUUACUAAUUUAAAUUAAAAGAUGUCAAUAUUGCCAUCAAUGUUUUUAUUUAUAUUUUUAUUUGGAAUUUGUUUUAUUUUUUGUUUUAUUACAAAUUCUUUAGGAAGAAAUUACUUUUAGAAGUAUCCAGAUACAACCACUUUUUUUAACUCCUUAUCUAAUUUGUGUAUUGCUGUCAGUGGAGUUUUUUCGAUGAGAGAAGUUAUAUAUUAUUAAAAGUUUCCAUUAUAAACUAUCUUUUACUUUUUUCCAGAUAAAAAUGCUACAUUUUUUGUUCAAAAUUUCCAUAAUUAAAUAGAUAUCAUCAACAAUUUCUUAUCUCUUAUUGCUUAGAUGGAUACAUCUAAAUAUAUAACAUCUGAUGAUUUCAUUUCAGAAAUGAAUCUAAUGAUGAGCACAGAUGUAUGUUAAUUUUUACCAGAAGUAAUUUUUUUACAUUAUUAUUACAAGAACAAAAUCGAGAUGGCUUAAAGUCAUUGUGAUGCUGUAUAUUAAGGAGUUGUGAGGAAAGGAUUCUAGGCUGCUGGUACAACUAUAAGAAAUAGUUUACUUAAUGAAUAUGAUUAAACAAAUGGAUUUGCACUUAAAGUAUAUACAACAUAAGAAGAACUUGAGGCUGGUUUGAUAUUGUAUGAUACCAUAUCAGUUUUGAAACAGAAAUUUCAAAAUUAGUUGAAGAAUUCAACUGAUGAAUUGAUUUCACAAAUAUUGGUAAAUUAUCAAUUAACUUUUUUAGAUAAUAAAUUUAAUAUUCAUCAUUUUGGUUGUGUUAAUCAUUGUAUUAGUUUUCACAAAAAUAUUGUCAUAUUUUAAAUGGGAAUUCAAUUUGAUGAAACGAUUUUUAUUGUUGCUCCCUCAAUAAUCAUUAUUUUUGGAUAAUUAAUUAGAUAGGACUAUUAGAUAAAUGGUUGUGAAGGAUGAUUUAACUUGA